GGCCUAGUUCUUCACAUACCUUACUCAGCCAUCUGGCCUACUAGCGCCAAACCAACGAAUAAUUUUCACGACAUCGAUAUUCGAUUUCACUAGUGCGUGUGUUGUUGUUUUUUUUUAAACCGUUCGGCUGUCCAUGACGUAGAAUGGUAGGCAAAACAAAGUGCUUAGUGAAAUCAUGCAACAAUAUUCACCCAAUUCAUAAAGAUUGUUCUUGGCAUCAAUGGCCAGCACAAGAGAGUGCAAUACAUCGAUGGAUGAUUGCAUUACGGAAAAAUAAAUCGGCCACAGGAUUUUCGGAGCAUAGUCUUCCUGAUGUGGAAGGCCAAAGAAUUUGCAGUGAUCAUUUCGAAAAGACGUGUUUCAAAGAAGGUGUGGUAAGAAGACUCAAACCAACUGCAAUUCCUACAAUUUUCAGGCUACCAACACACAAGGAUCCAACGUUAUCAACUACUAUUCUCAAACAACACACUGUUGAAUCAAGCAGUUCCCAUCAAAAUGAAAAUACUGCAACAAAAACAACACUGAUAGCAGACUUAUCAACAAAUGUGCAGCAAUGUCCAGUCAUACAACAAGAUCACAGUGAUUUGGCCAAACAAACUGACUGCAUCAAUAUGGGGCACCAGGUGGGUCAACCAAAAAAUGAGACACCGAAAAGGAUCGGUGCAAAGUGCUACGUGAAGGGGUGCAAAUCUGGAUAUGAUUCCUGCAACGGAAGUGUACACUUUUUCAAACCAAAAGAUGAAAAAACUGUGUACCUGUGGCAGAAGUUCAUAAGUAGAAACGAUUUGAAACUGGGGAAGUUUCAUUCGGUUUGUCACAAGCACUUUGACGACGCAGAUAUUAUAAAAGAGACAACAAUUCGAGGUGAAAACGGUCAAGCAGCAGCUUGUGACCCAACACCUUGGAAACUUGUCGGUGGGGCGGUACCAAAAUUUUUUCUGGAGAAUCCUGCAAGUGAAUUACGACCGUUUAGGAAAAUUGCAAUAAGGCCCACUGAUUUAAGACCUCCUGCUGCGACAUCUGCCAAAUCUGUGGUAGUGCCCAAGAUAAUUGUCCACAAUGAAGCCCCAAUGAUGUCGCAUACUAAGCAACAAGAUGUUACAGAUUUAAUACUUCCUGAAAAACUUUCGCCUGUCCCUCAAAAGACUUAUAGCAACCGGAAAAAAUUUCCGGUCUUGGCUAAAUCGCCCAUUCUCCAUUCAGAUAAUGAAGCCGGUAGAGACGUUGGUGAACCUGACAGUUUUACACUAAAAAGCGCCUUAAAUCCUAAGGAAACGCUCAUUGCGCUACCGUCUUCACCGGCAGGAAAUUCUGCGAAAAUGUCUCAACCAGCCCGAAAUAGUUCAGUAACCAGACCAAAUGUGCCUGAAGAUUCAAGUGGAUGUGAAGUAGGAAUUAGUAAUCAAGACAAGCAGCUGUCCUUGCCCAACAAAAAAGUGCAGAUGGAUGUUAUCGUGUCGAAACAAGCUACACUUCCUUCAACAUGGAUUUGCCAACCAGGACUUCUAAUAAGACCGAAUAUGCCUAUGGAUGGUGAUCGUCCAAUAGGUAUUUCUGUCCACCAGAUCCAACAAUUUCCGGCACCUUGUAUCGUUGCACAUCAGACCCUGCUUAAUCCUAAAGAAGCUGUUCUUCCACCAUCGUGGUCCUGGCAAGAAAAUUAUCUGCCAAAAAAACAGUCAAUUUGCUUAAAAUUUAAAUGGCUGGAAGAAAACAACUUAUUUGAAUUCACCAAGUCCGUCAUAGUCAGCGAGGGUGUAUGCGCAAACAACAUGGGCAACCCUACCCAUACCAUUCGCUACUUUGUUCGAGGACGGCAGGUUUAUCACCGAAAUUUAAAUUCGCAGUUCUCUACAAUCAAUGAACUUACAUACUACUUGAAGGUUUAUGAUGACAUUCCAGAGUGUGUUGGUUAUGCAAAUAAGAAAUUCUACGAAAAUUCACUUCUAUCUCCAUUUCCAAACUCGAGUGUAAGUCAAUCAAAAUCAUGCCUUCUACUGGCGUCGGAAAAAAGCAACCUGUGCGCCUAUUGUUUGUCUUUGAUGACACCCACUUUUCAACAUCGCGUGGUGAUCAAUAGCAACAAUUUACCAGUAACAGAUUCUAUUCCUACAACCGACUCUCAAGAUGUUGUAGCAUGUGGCAACGUCAUGCCUCACAGCAAGGAAAUCAUGUGCAAUUUUCUUCAAUCCAAUGGCAAUGCGGUUAUUCCUGUACUUGCAGAGGAAGGAUCAAUUUCCGAAGGAAAUCCAGAUCCUGAAGCCGUUACGCUGCCCGUUCCGAAUGAAUUAGUUGGCAGUUGUGUUCGAAAAUCAGAAGAUCUUGAAUCAGUCUUAAUCAAACUAGGCAGUUCGUUUGAUUCAUCAAGCUACCCGUUGUUCCUCUAUCAUUUGCAAACAUGGUGCUGUGGUAUUUACGCUCCUGCUGAAGUGUCUGUCCUCCCAUCAGCAACCUCUGCAUCGGCUACACCGACACUAGAUGAAGGGCAACCGAUCAUACAUGACUGGACUUCAUACAGCAAACCCACCUUCUUGGUUUCUCAACCACAGCGCGUGUACUGCCGCCGUAAAGCCGCUGCCGCAAGGCGAAUAAAAGAAAUCAAGGGGGCCCUAAUAAAGUGGACCGAUGUUGAGAACAUGGCAUAUCACGAUGGAAAAGUCCACGUCACUUUGAAGGGACAACCUGUUGUCCAGAAUAACCUACCCCAAGUAUUUCACGACGAAAUGGGUUCCUAUGAUGACGACUUUAACGAAUUUAAUAUCAAGAAAAAUGGACGCUCACUUAGUUAUAGCAGUUUUUCGGAAAGUGAAGAUUCAUCAGUUGUAAUAAUGGUAGAUGAUAGUGAAUAUUCGCCGAGUGAAAGUAGCAGCACUGAUGCCGAAGAAAAUGAGAGCGACGAAAUCGACCUAGCGUUGGCGGAGCGUCUUUUACGGGGAGAAAUCCACUUAAAGAGAAGGUUGCAAAGGAAAUUCCUAUUUUACUCUAGGAUGCUUACUAGAAGCAAAGAAAUAGGUCGUUCUAUUUUAAAGGCAUCACAGGAAUUUGAGGAUAGAUGCCGAAAUGGAACAAUGAAGCAACAAAUUGCGAAGAAAUCCGGCCCUAAAAAACAGUGCAAUGAAUGCGGAAAAAUGAUCCACGCUAAGGGAUUCCAAGAUCAUGUCAAACUUCAUAGCGGCAUAAAAUCACACUUAUGCGAGCUAUGUGGUAGAGCAUUUGUGUUUAGAUCCAGCCUGAAUUCCCAUAUACGGCUAAAUCAUCGUGGAAUAUCACGCACCAAACCGCCCAAAAAUUUCAUGUGUAGUACGUGCGGUCAUACCGUAAGUUCAAAGGAACGUUUGGGAAUCCAUGAGAGGAUUCACACCGAUGAAAGGCCAUUCGAUUGCAAAUUCUGUGACAAAAAGUUUCGCGAGAAAGGCACACUUGUACGUCAUAUUCGAACUCAUACGGGUGAGAGACCAUAUGCGUGCAACAUCUGUGGAAAAUCUUACCGGUCGAGGUUCGCCUACGUCAGCCAUCAUAGAACUAAACAUGAAACAAAACAAAAAGAAGAAAAAAAGGAUCCGAUGGAGGACCGACGCAAACAUCCCAAAAUCGGAUAUCGCUGUGAAUACUGUGGAAAGGAGUUUUGUCAAGGCCGAAUCUUGGCAUAUGAAAAACAUCUCACAACCCACACAGGUGUUUGUGCUGCUAUUCCUUGCACACAGCCUGGCUGUGACUUCACAUAUUCGGAUAUGACGCAGCUAAAGGAACACACAUUGGCACAACAUCCGGAAAAGGCAUACACUUGUGAUGUGUGUAACAAAAUCUUUCUCACGAAGCAAACUCUAACAGAUCAUCGGUCUAUGCACGAUCCAACUCGAGGCUUCCAGUGCUCGUUUUGUCCCGUAAAGUUGACGGUUAAGUCAAGUUUGAUUGCUCACGAAAAGCUUCACACUCGGGAAACACCAUAUGAAUGCUCUUUCUGCGAAAUGCGUUUCCAUAGUACUUAUCUGUUGCAGAUUCAUAUGCGCACUCAUCAGCCUAGUCAGCUCAAGAGAAAACGCUAUAGAAAAACCAGUUGAUAAGUAGUAUCGAAAUGGCCUAUCAUGACGUCAUUGGUGGAUUUAACAACUCUGCGUUCACAUGUGCGACAAACCUUGAUUUGAAUUUUGAUAUUCCCAUG